UGAGCAUGCGCAAAUGCUAGAGCUCGCGUUCAGUGUCACGUGAUCUCCCGACCAGGAAAAGUUGGUCAUGUUGCUCGUGAGGGCGUCUAGAGCAGUGCGUUGCUGCUGCAGUUAUUCGCUUCACAAAACCGUGACAUUCCAAGCGCGCCAUUCUCUUUAUUCUGCCCACAAAGUUCACAGUAAUGGCCACUUCCAUCUCCCAUUGUCCGGUAUACGCUGCUUCUUUAGUGGCUCACCGUAUUGGAAGGCAAAGAAGCACGGGGGAGAGCACAGUAAAGCAGGAAACCUGACAGCCAUUGAUGAUUAUUGGCUGGAAGAGGUGGAGGAGGAACUGGAAGAUCUGGACUUGUCUCCUCACACAGCUUCUCUUCUACAGGGGGCACACAGGGUGUUUAUUGUACACCCAGACGUAAAGUGGGGGGCUAAAAAGGACCAACUGAGCACUGCUGACUUGCAGGUUGCUGAAGCCGCUGCACUCGUUCACAGUCUUCCUAACUGGUCUGUGGUAAACACAUUAAUUAUGUCUACAAAAUCUCCUGAUAGCAAGCUCAUAUUCGGAAAAGGAAAUUUUCAGACACUAACAGAUGUAAUUAAAGGGCACCCUCAGAUCACUGCAGUGUUUUUGAAUGUUGAAAGGCUUUCCUCAUUGACAGAGAAAGAAAUGGAAGAAGCUUGGGGAGUGAAGGUCUUUGAUAGAUAUACAGUUGUACUCAAUAUUUUCCGCUUUAAUGCCCAUACAAAAGAAGCAAAGCUACAGAUUGCAUUGGCCGAACUUCCACUUUUAAGGUCUAGUCUGAAAAAUGAAACUGCUCACAUGGAUCAGCAAGGUGGAGGCUCAAGAUACAUUAUGGGCUCAGGUGAAACAUUUUUAGAGGUCCAACAAAGAUUGUUAAAGGAAAGAGAAAUUAAGAUAAAAAAUGCAUUAGAAAAAGUGAAGAAAAAAAGAAAUUUGCUCAGAACCCAGCGUCGGAGAAGGGAAUUUCCCAUCAUUUCUAUUCUAGGCUAUACGAAUAGUGGGAAAACAACCUUGAUUAAGGCUUUAACCGGUGAUGAAGGUCUCCAGCCACGUGAUCAACUCUUUGCCACUCUCGAUGUUACGUCGCAUGCAGGUUUACUCCCCUGUCACAUGCCAGUCAUUUAUGUUGACACAAUUGGAUUUUUGUCACAGCUUCCCCACAAUCUCAUUGAGUCCUUCUCUGCAACCCUAGAAGAUGUGGUCCAUUCGGAUUUAUUAAUCCAUGUGAGGGACAUCAGCCAUCCAGAAACAACCAAGCAAAAAGCAAGUGUUUUGUCUGUUCUGAAGAAUCUCGGCUUGCCACAGCAACUCCUCGACACAAUGAUUGAAGUUCAAAACAAAAUUGAUUUGAUUGACAUGCCUGAGAAUACCGAAGAUAGUGUGCUGUCUGUGUCGGCUCUGCAUGGACAUGGCUUAGAAGACUUGAAACAGCAAGUAGAAACUGCAGUGAUGAAAAGCACAGGAAGAAAUGUAGUAACAAUCAAAGUGAACCUGGAGAGUCCACAGUUAAGCUGGUUGUAUAAAGAGGCAUCAGUACAAGAAGUAAAGGUUCUUCCAGAAGAUGGUACAGCUAGAGUGCGUGUAAUUAUAACUAAUUCUGCCUAUGGAAAAUAUAGGAAGCUGUUUUGUAAAUAAAUACCAUUGAUGUGGAUUGACACAUAGGACUGCAUUACACAGACUGUUUGGCUUUCAGCAAGGUUUCUCUUCAACCAGCCAAUAUACAGAUGAAGAAAUAUAUGGCUGUGGUAGGAAACAUUUUAUCAUGGCAUUGCACUUAAUUUCAGGCUGACAUUAUUACAUACUAAGUGCACUUAGAAUACAAACCAAAUUAAAUAUUAUUAUUAAUGUGUGGAGGCUUUUGUACUGAAUCAGUGUUACUGCCCAUUCUCUGUAGAAAACUACUAUAAUAGUUAUAACUAUGCCUUUAAUUUAUUGCCAUUAUUUGAAGAAUAAAGCGUUUUUUUGUUAA